UCCUUUGCGAGACCUCGAUUUGCUUAUUCAAUAUUACACACAUUUCUGAUUCUUGGUAUACAUCAGCAGUAAUUAGUUUUAAACGAUAUUAACUAGUUCGAUACGUGAUUAAAUUUAUAAUUAAUCCGAUAUAGAUAUUAUUGUCUUUUGUACUAUUGUUUUUAACGUGUGUAUGUGUGUAUGUGUGUGUGUGAGUGCGCGUGAGUGCGUGGAUUUUCGUGUGAGUGACAUUUUGUGAACGAUUAAUGAACGAAUUUUCGCGAUACGUUUUUUCUUUUUUUUUUCCUUUCGAUUUCGACUACAAUAAGUUUUGUAUUCGACAUAAACUUUAUGUAUAAUAUGUGCCCAAGUACUUGAGCGAAUUCGAACGGAGAGUAGAUAAGUAAAUCAUGUCGAAAAUCAUACGUUCUCAAUUUUAUCAUAUUAUAACUUGUGGGUUCAUCCUUGAGCUAUGUAUAUAUAUAUAUAUAUAUAUAUCAUGCAAAGCAUCAAUGGAGACGCCAUUGUUUGACCAACCGAAAGCAUUUGGUUUUGGAGUUGAUGAAAAGCAACGUGGCAUACCAAAUUGACGGAGGUCCCUUUGGGAAUACUAUAGUUUUUGUUCACCUCCAUCAUCAUCACGGUCCCGAAGAUGGAUAUUUUUAGAGGAUACGUUUAUUCGAAAAAAUCGUAGGAUUGCGAAUGGAUCCUUUGCUGAACGGAUAACAAGCUCUAUGAUGUAUACACACACACACGCGCGCGCACGCACACACACGCACAUAAAUCCAGUAUGUGAACAGAACUCAUAGAAAUAUACGAUAUAUUAUUGCGAAGAAUGUCGAGAGAAACGAAGAAUGGAAUGAAACAUCGAGGAAUCAUUGAACAGUGAUCUUAUUGAGAGAGAUCGUAAAAUCGGAUGCUCUCUAAAAAUUCAAUUUCGUACUAUCUUGUGUGAAAGAAAAAAUAAACUUAUAUUUUAGACGAGAAAAAUCGAUCGUAUAAUCAAACAAAUAAGGUGUCCUUUUGCAAUUGGCUAAACAAUUUAUCGCUUAAUCUUCGAUUAAGGUGCUACCUCGUCUAUGUCGAAAACUGUUCUGAACGCUCGUAUAUUUGUCUUCAAGUUUACGCGGUUAAAACUUGAUUAACUGGGACGAGAAAUUCAUUUGGAAUAAGAUGAAGUUAGGAUCACGCUAAUGAGUAUACUGAAAUUGACAAUCAACGUAUAAAACGAUUAUAUCCUAUUCGUAACAAAAACAAAAUUGAUCCUUCUCUUUUAUUUGGAACCUGUAUUAAAAGUUUAUGAUAUUUGAACUCUCGGUUCUCGAGACAUUUUAAUUGUUCACUUCGAAAUAUAAAAUAUCAUCGAGCAUGCAUACCUUGGAAAAUUACAUCGAAAUCUUUCUUAAAUUAAAUCUUACGUUAGAAGAUCUUAAGAUCCUAGAAAAUUAUACUGGACCCUGGUCCGAUAUAUGGAGCACGGAUUGUUAUUGCAAUGGUUCCAUAAGAGAUUGGGCUUUGACGUAUAGAAAAUAUCAUGGUUACGUCGCAAUAAUGGUCUGCAUUUUUGGUACCUUCGCCAAUAUGCUCAAUAUCGUCGUAUUAACGCAUAAAGAAAUGAUGGUAACGCCGAUCAACAAAAUUUUAACCGGAUUAGCGCUGGCUGAUAUGUUAGUGAUGCUGGAAUAUAUACCGUUUGCCAUUUAUAUUUAUUUGAUUCUACCAAGACAUCGGAAUUUCUCUUAUGGAUGGGCUGUCUUCGUUUUAUUUCACAUGCACUUCGCUCAGAUCUUUCAUACCAUCAGUAUCGCGCUAACCCUUACCUUAGCCGUUUGGAGAUACAUCGCUUUAAGGUUUCUGCAAUACAACCAUGCAUGGUGUACACCUACUCGUUGCAAAAUAGCUCUAUGGUGUUGCGUUUUGGCGCCAUUGAUCGCCUGUGCGCCAAGCUAUUUCGUCUUUGGCAUAAAGGAUAAACAUUUCAUGGAGAAUGGAACUUCAGAGAUUUGGUAUUAUGUCGAUACCGAUUAUUCAACAGACAAAGGAUUUAUUUAUCAACUUAACUUUUGGAUACUCGGAGUUGUGGUCAAACUUAUGCCCUGCGUUAUACUAACCAUAAUUAGUUGUUGGUUAAUAAAAACACUAUGCAGAACGAAAGAUCGGAAACAAGCUUUAAAGAAUUACAAUCAGCCUUUAGUGAAGAAUCUACCAAUAAAUAAUAGCCCUAUUAUACCACGAAGGCCAAGCAAAAAUGAAAAACAUGCCGAUAGGACAACAAGAAUGCUCGUUGCUGUUCUACUUCUUUUUUUAAUUACAGAAAUACCACAGGGCGUUUUAGGCCUUCUUUCUGGUAUCCUUGGCGAUUGCUUCUUUCAUAGUUGUUAUCAUACUUUUGGCGAGGUAAUGGACAUUUUAGCUUUAUUAAAUGGUGCUAUUAAUUUUAUCCUUUAUUGUUUGAUGUCACGACAAUUCCGUAUAUCUUUCGAACGACUUUUUAAACCCAAAAUCAUGAAAAAAUGCCAACCAACCACUCAACAAACCGACGUACAAACUACUUACGUAUGAUAUAUACCACCUACUUUGAAAGACACUUAUUUUUAAAAUUAUUUUAAGCCGAUUUGAAGUCUAUGAUGAUUCAAUAAAUUCAUCUCGAUGAUCGAAUAGAUAUAUUUGAAAACAAAAAAAAAAAAAGGAAAAAGAAGAUACUUUACAUUAUUCAAUUAAUGCCAAGUAAAAUAAUUGAACAAAUAAAUGUGACAAUUGCUUUUUCGAAGUAAUUAUUUUUUUGAUAACAAAUAUAUAAAUAUAUGUAUAUCUACUUAUAUGUAUAAAGUUAUAUUAUAAAGCUAUAAGUAUCAUCCGCCUGAUGACGAAUUUUAUCAAAUGUUAACGUUAGAAUUUUUUUCUUUUUUUAUUUUUCUAUUUAUUUAUUUUUUAUCUCGUUUUUUUCUUCUUUUUUUUUUUUACAUAUACACACUCACUUAAUUCCUAUAUCUUUAUUGGUUCUGGUCUAAGAAAAUUCCGUGAAAUUUAAUAAAAUAGUUUAAAUAUUUUAUUAAAAGGACAAAGGAAACAAAAAAAAAAGAAAAAAA